AUGCGCUUUACACCUCGUGAAGCUGUAGUUACAACCAUGCGCUUUACACCUCGUGAAGCUGUAGUUACAACCAUGCGCUUUACACCUCGUGAAGCUGUAGCUACAGCCAUGCGCUUUACACCUCGUGAAGCUGUAGUUACAACCAUGCGCUUUACACCUCGUGAAGCUGUAGCUACAGCCAUGCGCUUUACACCUCGUGAAGCUGUAGCUACAGCCAUGCGCUUUACACCUCGUGAAGCUGUAGUUACAACCAUGCGCUUUACACCUCGUGAAGCUGUAGCUACAGCCAUGCGCUUUACACCUCGUGAAGCUGUAGUUACAACCAUGCGCUUUACAACUUUUUGA